GAAAACGAAAAACCAAAAUAAAAGCGAAAUUCAAUAAUUUAAAAAAAAGUAACGAAAAUGCGUAUCUUGUCCAUUUGCUGUUCGGUGUUGUUAAUCACCAUGUGCAUCAUUAUGCAACAACAGAGUGUUGAAGCAAAACCUUUUAUAUUUAAGUUCUUUGUGCCACAAGCACCACCACCAGCACGUACUUCCAGUUCCUCCUCUUCUUCCUCCUCAUCAUCUUCAUCAGCCAUCUCUACUGGUUUCGACUUUUCCAGCAUUAUAAGUACAAAAAUAAAUCUGUUGACAAGUCUUUUGCAGGCUGGUCUUUCAAAAAGUUCUGGUGGUUUUAAUAUCGGUUUCAAUAAAUUCUCCAAUACUCAAGUUGCCUCUACCCGUAGACCCUACACUUCAACUACUGCUACCACUCCCGAUGCAGUAUUCGAACCAGAGUCAACAACAUCAACCACCACUACCACAACAACAGAAUCAUCCAAAUCUUCAGAGAUUUCCUCAGAAAAUAAUGGUUUCGAUAACAGCGACAAUAAUGACUCUGAUUCUAAGGCCACAACCGAGAGUAAUGCCAGUGAAGGUUCUGCCAGUUCUAACAAUCAAAUCUUUAUAACCACAGAAAAGAAUAGCUUCGAUUCAACUACCUCGAAAGUAGCUACUGAUAACUCGUUUAAUGGAGGUUCUGACUCGGGUUCUAUAGUAACCAGCGAUUCAACUACCUCGAAAGUAACCACUGAUAACUCAUUUAAUGGAGGUUCUGACUCUGGUUCCAAAGUAACCAGCGAUAAGUCAACAAAUGAUGGUUAUGAUUACACUACAUCCAAGGUAAACAACAAUAACUCUGGUAAUGGAGGUUAUGACUAUUCUACAUCCAAAACAACCAACGAUAACAAUGGAUAUGACUACUCUAGCUCCAAAAUUACCACCACCAAUAAUGCAGGCUACGACUACACUACCUCCAAAGUAACCAGCGAUAAAUCACAAAAUAAUGGUUAUGACUAUAACCAAGGCAACUCCAAAGCACCCACCGAUGACAGUGGUUACGACUACACCACCUCCAGAAUUACCACCUAUAAACCAAGUGGCUACAGCUACUCAACACCCAAAACCGGUUACAGCUACAGUCUUUCUGCCAAUGCAAUGAGCGAAAAUGAAAUCUCCAAUGAAGUAUUGUCAAUCAACAAUCAAUAUUUGCCUGCUCUUUAGAUUUAUUUAUGUCGAUUUUUUUUUUUGCAACAACAACAAGCCCAUAAUUAUUUCAUAAGUUUAAAUAUUCUGAAUCUGUAGUAUGUGAAUACCAGAUAGAUAUUUGUAUGGGGUGUGGUAAAAAUUUAAAUAAAUAACAAGAACUAGAAAGAAGUAAAUAUUAUGUAUAAAUAAUAUAUAAAAUGUGAUGAUCAUCAUCAUUAUUAUGAUGAUCUUUAUAAUGAUGAGUGUAUUUAGCUUAUAAGAUCAACAUGACAAGACUUGAUUUUAUAAUUAAUAAGUAAGAUAAAAAUUGCAAUAAAUUUUUUUUAAAAUAAAUAAAAAUUAACAAA